AUGAGAGCAGAAUUCACCAUGCAGAAGAGCACAGCCCAGAUGAUCGCAGCAAUCUGCCUGAUCUGUCAAUCUUUGGCAGUGGAGGUUAAGGAUGAGGAUAAAAAGUCCCUAAAUAUUGACAGUGUCCAACAGCAUAAUUUAAAACUGCUAACUGAGCAACUGAAUCGGGGAUGGCGCGCCUUCUGUGAUGCCCCCGUGGAUGAGGGUGUGAUGUCCCUGUUUCAGGGCAUUAAUCCCAGCGAUGCCCGAAUCCAUGUCAUGACCAUUACCAACCAGAGUGUGGAGCUGCCCAUCAAGUCGAUAUCAGAAAUCAAAGACUUCGACAUCAAUCCGGAGCGAAAGACCCUCAUCUAUGUGAAUGCCUUCCAUACGGCCGACAGUUAUUUCAGUGUCCAGGAGCACUUGACUCUACUGCAGAAUAGCAGGAGGGAUCUCAAUGUCAUAGUGGUGGAUUUCGCCAAGGAUGUGGCUCAUUUGUACUAUGCAGUGCGUCAUCAUCUCUCCGUUGAUGGGUAUUUCGUGUAUAAACUUCUGAGGGCGCUAAGGGAUGCGGGCAUUUCCGUGCAGGAUAUAACUUUGGCAGGACACUCGGUGGGUGCGAAUAUAGCCGCUUUGGGAGCACAACUAUUUGCCAGGGAAAACAAACAGUUGGUGGGUCAACUGAUAGCCAUCGAUCCUGCCACAAUGUGCCGCACAACCGAUAUCUUGGUGAAACAAAGUGUGGCUGCGAGGGUGGUAGUGCUGCACGGUGAGGGUGAUGUUUUUGGGGUGAGGGUUCCUCUGGGUCACAUUGAUGUUUACCCCAAUGGCAUUGGUUACUUCCCGAGAAGGAAACUUCAGCCGGGCUGCGAUUCCAAGAUCUGCAGUCACAUGUAUCCCUUUGUUUUGUUCAUGGAGGCUCUCAUCGAGGGUGUGAUGAUCCCAGCCACCAAAUGCGAGAGCUGGGCCAAAUUCCGCCAGGGAGACUGCAAUUUCCAAAACACCAUCAACAUUGGUCUUAUAUAUCCAGCUAGUGCCAAGGGUCUGUACUUCUGUUUGACCCAGCCCAAUCCUCCAUUUACGUACAUGGAACAUGGACUUCGUUAUAAAGCGAGACGUCCUGAAAAACCCACUGACAAAAAGUCAUCCUAAGUCAUAAACAUACCUGUAAGAACUGUAAUUGUUUUUUAGUCAGUUAGUUAAGUUAUUAAAGUAUGUUUUAGUAAGUUAA